AUGGACGACAAGCAGACCAAGAGCGUCGAUGGCAAAGACGACGUGGCCUAUCUGACCAGGGAUAUGUCUUCGGAUGCUGAGAGCCCCAUCGACAUUAUCCCCGAUGUCAAGCACGCCAACCGCGAUGCUGCCGGAGGUGACAGCGACGAACGAGAGGGCACUCUCUGGGAGAACAUCCAACGUAAUAGACCUGCUUGUUUUUGGGCUCUGUUCAUCUCGUUGUGCCUUGUCAUGGAAGGCUAUGACCUGGGCGCAACCAACAGCUUCUUCGGCUUGGAUGAGUACAAGCAAAAAUUCGGUCAGCUCAACUCAGAUGGCACCAAGUCCGUAUCUGCCGUCUGGCAGACUGGCGUCUCGAACGCGAGCUAUUCUGGACAGUUCAUUGGCCUCUGCAUCGGAGGAUACCUCGUCGAAAAGAUCGGCUACCGCCGGGUCAGCAUGGGUGGCAUGGCUUGGAUUUCCGCCGUCUGGUUCAUCGUCUUCUUCGCCCCAAGUAUCGUCGUUGUCGCCGUCGGAGAAGGUCUGAUCGGAAUGGGCUUGGGCAUCUUCCAGUCGCUUACUACGGCAUACGCCUCAGAAAUCUUGCCCGUCUCUCUGCGAGGGUACUUGACCUCGUGGUCCUGCGCAGGCUGGGGCAUCGGACUCAUCCUCGCCGCUACCAUCGUAAGAGGUGGCUUGGACAUUGAAGGUACCUGGGCGUACAAGAUGCCUUGGGUCCUUGUCUGGGUAUGGCCUCCUAUCUUGGGCCUGGGCUGUUACUUUGCACCAGAAUCACCCUGGUGGCUUUCACGAAAAGGCCGUGACGAGGAUGCUAAGCGCAGUCUGGCUCGCCUCAACACCGGCCCUGCGGACGAGGCGCGCAUUGAGAGGAGCUUGGCACUCAUCAAGUACACGAACAUGCUCGAGGAGGAAGAGGUCAAGGGAACCACCUUUCUUGACUGCUUCCGAGGCGUCAACUUACGCCGAACGGAGCUAUGCGCCCUGGUAUUUUGCAUACAAAUUUGGUCGGGAGCACCUAUGAACUCUUUUGCAGUCGUCUUUCUUCAGCAGGCUGGAGUUGAUGAACGUCGUUCCUUCGACUUCGGCGUCGGCAUCAAUGCCAUGUUCCUCGUGGGCACUCUGCUGUCUUGGACGUACUUGUCGCGCUUAGGCCGCAAGACUAUCUAUCUCAUCGGACUCACCAUUAUGGCUGUGAUCGCUCUUCUGGUUGGCGUGCUGGGCGUCGUUCCACACUCAGAUGCAGUUGCACUCGGAGCCGGUGCUCUCUGCACCAUCGGGCCUCUGUGCUACACAAUCAUCGCUGAGAUCGCAUCGACUCGCCUUAGAGCUAAGACGAUCGCUCUGGCUCGGGCCGCCUAUACACUCAGCAACAUCAUCACUAACAUCCUGCAACCGCGCAUGAUAUCGGAAAGUGCGUGGGGUUGGGGAGCAAAGUGCGGAUGGUUCUGGUUCGGCUUUUGCAUUCUCACGAUCAUCUACACUUACUUCAGAAUUCCCGAGACCAAAGAUCGAUCCUAUGCAGAGAUCGACAUCCUCUUCAACAACAAGGUCUCGGCCCGAAAGUUCAAGUCCACCAAGCUCGAUGCCUUUGCCUUGUCAAAGGACCACCACUAG